CACUGGAGGGAUUCCUGGAGAAGCUGCAGUGUGGGGAUGCUCUAGCCCGAGUACAGCCCCCAGUGUCUUUCCACCCCUUCUCCCUGCAGUGGCAGCAGCUGCAGCAGCACUUAGAAGCAACUUGAGGCUACACCCAGGGCAAGCCCUCCAGGGUGGUGCUCUGCUGAGAGGGGGGCUCAGCGCCCCGGAGGGGUGUGUGUAGGGUGGGGGCGGCCAGCUGGGACCAGCUGGUGGCCCUGGAAAACCUCCCACACACCCACACCCACACACCCCUUUUGUGUUGCAGACUGCCCCUCCAAGAACAGAGGCGGCGAGAGGACGUGUGCCUCACCCCGGGUCCGCUGGAAGAACAGUGGAGACAGAGACCAGCACCACCUCCGGAUCCUCCCUCCAGGGACAAACAGGAAACCAAGAACUAGCAAGCGUUUGAGUGAAAAAACGUCAGAUUCAAAUCGAAAGACAGCUCAUUUGCUUAUUGCUUCAUUGUGGAAAUUGCAGCUCAACUCUAAGAAAGAUAAUCUGAAGAGAGAAUAAUACACCAGAUUUCCUAACAAAGCAUUUCACCUGAACCUAAAAUGGUGAGUGAGAGUCAUCAUGAGGCCCUGGCAGCCCCGCCAGUCACCACCGUCUCGACUGUUCUACCAAACAAUGCCACAGAGCCAGCCAGCCCUGGAGAAGGAAAGGAAGAUGCCUUUUCUAAGCUGAAAGAGAAAUUUAUGAAUGAGUUGCAUAAAAUUCCAUUGCCACCGUGGGCCUUAAUUGCCAUAGCCAUAGUUGCAGUCCUUUUAGUCCUGACCUGCUGCUUUUGUAUCUGUAAGAAAUGCUUGUUCAAAAAGAAAAACAAGAAGAAGGGAAAGGAAAAGGGAGGGAAGAAUGCCAUUAACAUGAAAGAUGUGAAGGACUUAGGGAAGACCAUGAAAGAUCAGGCCCUUAAGGAUGAUGAUGCCGAAACUGGAUUGACAGAUGGAGAAGAAAAAGAAGAACCCAAAGAAGAGGAGAAGCUGGGAAAGCUUCAGUAUUCACUGGAUUAUGAUUUUCAGAAUAACCAGCUGCUGGUAGGAAUCAUCCAGGCUGCAGAAUUGCCCGCCUUAGACAUGGGAGGCACAUCUGACCCCUAUGUGAAAGUGUUUCUGCUACCUGAUAAAAAGAAGAAAUUUGAGACAAAAGUCCACCGAAAGACCCUUAAUCCUGUCUUCAAUGAACAGUUUACUUUCAAGGUGCCAUAUUCAGAAUUAGGAGGCAAAACUCUGGUGAUGGCUGUGUAUGAUUUUGACCGUUUCUCCAAGCAUGACAUCAUUGGGGAAUUUAAGGUCCCCAUGAACACAGUGGAUUUCGGUCAUGUAACUGAGGAGUGGCGUGAUCUGCAAAGUGCUGAGAAGGAAGAGCAAGAGAAACUGGGCGAUAUCUGCUUCUCCCUUCGCUACGUCCCUACUGCUGGCAAACUGACUGUUGUCAUCCUGGAGGCAAAGAACCUGAAGAAGAUGGAUGUGGGCGGCUUAUCUGAUCCUUAUGUGAAAAUUCAUCUGAUGCAGAAUGGCAAGAGGCUGAAGAAGAAAAAGACAACAAUUAAAAAGAAUACACUUAACCCCUACUACAAUGAGUCAUUCAGCUUUGAAGUACCUUUUGAGCAAAUCCAGAAAGUGCAAGUGGUGGUAACUGUUUUGGACUAUGACAAGAUUGGCAAGAACGAUGCAAUCGGCAAAGUCUUUGUGGGCUACAACAGCACCGGAGCGGAGCUUCGACAUUGGUCAGACAUGCUGGCCAACCCCAGGCGACCCAUUGCCCAGUGGCACACCCUACAGGUAGAGGAGGAAGUUGACGCCAUGCUGGCAGUUAAGAAGUAAAGAAAUGAAGAAGCCUUUCUGCAUUUGCCCACAUAGUGCUCUUUAGCCAGUAUCUGUAAAUACCUCAGUAAGAUGGGUCCUUUCAUUUUCCCAGCCAUGCGUUCCUAAUACAAUUCAGUGGUACUUCAAAUCCUCUUUUAAUUUGCACAGAUUUAAACGUAGAGCAUUCCUAAGCGUCCCUUCAUCAUACCACUGCCCUCCAAAUCUACUCUUCUUUUAAGCAAUAUGAUGUGUAGAUAGAGCAUGACUGAAAUUAUUUAUUGUAUCACACCGUUGUAUAUACCAGUAUGCUAAAGAUUUAUUUCUAGUUUGUGUAUUUGUAUGUUGUAAGCGUUUCCUAAUCUGUGUAUAUCUAGAUGUUUUUAAUAAGAUGUUCUAUUUUAAACUAUGUAAAUGACUGAAAUAUAGGAGAGCUGAUAAUAUAUUAUAUGGUAAAUAUAGUAUCGUCUGCAUUCCAGCAAAAAUAUCAACUUGUAAGGUACUAGUACAGUGAAACUGAUAUCUUAAAGGACAACUUAAAUCUGAGCUUUCUAUUGAUCAUUUGAGUACCAAGAUCCACCUACAACACAUAUGGUGGGUGAAUCCAAUUUUGUAGAAUUUUCUCACAGGCAAAUUAGCAUGAUCUGAACAGCAUCUAGGCUGACCUCCAGGAAGCAUAGCCACAAACCAGAAUAGCAUCUGUCUGUACAUAUGUACAAAGCUAAAAUCAGGGCUUCACUCUGACAUUGGAGGAAGCAACUGAACAGAAGUCAAUGAUUUCAUAUUACAGCAUAGAGUAACAACACAAUGCUGUUGUGUGUGCGUGUGUGUGUGUGUCCCUAUAUGUGUGCGCAUGUGCAUUGUUUGGGGAAGGGGUGGGUGGGAAGAAGUUGAGGGGGGAGAAGUCAGCAUUUCUGAAAUAUUGCCUGACUAUAUAAAGAAGAAAAAAAGUAGCUCUCUGUUGUCACCUUUAUACAAAAUGUGCAUCUUGUGAAUUCUGUUUCAGACUUCACAUCUAUGAUAAUUCGAAAAUGUUUGCACAUUAGACUUUGUAACAAAUAUUUUAUUAUACAAAACCAGAUUAGAAGGAAUGCAGAAUAUUUUUAACACAGCAAUCUGUGCUUAUUACACAAAAUCACUUUGUGGUAAACAGUAUUGUAAUCCCAUCAAAAGAUGAAAAAAAUAAACAAUUAGCCAUAGUUCUGAAUGCACUUCAAUUAAGCCAAAACAAACAGCUAGUGAUCUUUUUAUAUGCUCUUUUUACUUAAAUAAGUUUUAAUUUGUCCUUUAAAAAAAGGUGAAACAAAAACCAAGAACAAGUUCUAGAAAACUGAAGCAACCUCUUAUGUAUACUAUAUGCUUGAUUUAGAAAGAGUUUUUCAAUGUUUCCAAUGUUAUUAUGUAGUAAUGGCACUAUUCUGACGCUACUAGUCAUUCAUAAGAGUCUUACAGGAUGCUCUGUGUAACACUGUGACUGCCCUGUGUGCUUAGACACGUAGUUUCCUCAGUGGAUAGCACUCAAUUUAUUCUGUAGUGAUAUUGUAACAAUACUGCCAUUCCCUUCUACUGCACUGCCCAAGGUGUGUGUAGCACAAACAGUUCUCAUUACAAAGGACCAAUUCAGAACUGAAAAGCUAUGCAUAGGACAAGAAAGAUACCUAUAGAAUGGGGUGAACACAGCAUUUUGUCAAACACUGUGCAAUAUUCCAUAUUGUCCCCCACCAUGGUAGACAAUCACUUUGUUGGAGGGCAAGCUGUUAUGUCACACUGCAUCUACUCUUUCCUCCCAUCACUUCUGUGACCCAUUUGAAUCAUAGGCCACAGAGGGUAGUGAUGCUCUACCGUGAAAGUUUAUCUUCACAAUACCAAAACAAAAUAGAGGAAAACUAAGCAUUAUCCUCAUGUUCAAACUUUAGGAUGCCAUGCCAUGUUUUUUGAAAACUCAAUGAGAAUUCAAAAGGGCUGAGGGUGGGCUUCGAACAUAGGGUUGGCUGUUUCCUGAUAAAACUAGAAUUCUCAUCAUUAGUCUUUGCUCACCAAAAGAGAGGCAUGCCCAUUCAGCCCAGUCAUAACAAACUCUUUAGAACUGGGACAGACACAAAGGAUAAAGGAAAAAUAACAUCUCCCUCUUCUGUAGAUGGUUCGUAUGUUUUAAAAAUAUAGAUAAAAUGCACUAGUGACGAUGUGAGAUUAAAUAACAGUAUGAACAGAAGAGUGGAAUGAGCAUCUUUCCAACUUAAUGGACCAAAUCCUACCAAACAGAGGGAGUCCAUUGACAAUUAAAAAUUCCUUAAAUACUCAAAACUGACAUUUAACUUCACUGUAUUCAGCUUUAAGUUGUUCAUGCUGAAACAACACUUUAAACAAACAGGUUCAAGCUGCCGAACACACAUUAUUUCUUGCAUUAAAGUACUACUAAUGCAUCCUCUUGCAACACUGCCAGACAAGGGAUUGUCACCAUAGAUUUAGCUGGUACUAUGCCAUCUUUUAAGUCUGUGACUGAACCUGCUUUAAGAUCAAGAUUCAUCCUCAGAUAAGCCACAUGUACCUUUCUGACAAAGCUGUGUAAGAAUUAGAACCUGAUGCUCUAGAAAGAUCCUAGUUGCCUUUGUGUAUAUUUACUGCCUGCUUGAGUGUUUCUAUGUGUGGAUUUUCUCUGUAUCUUGUAGAAAUGUUGGGGUGUUUUCUUCUGCCAUAUGGCUCGUGGCCCGCGAGCCAACUACUUUAGCUGUAUUUUACCUUCAUUUUUGAUGAGGUGGUUUAAAUUUUGUUUCACUUUGUGUAGUGAAUUUCACAGUAGUUUUCUGAUUGUUGUUAAAAAUGACUUAUCAUAUUACACAGAUAUUCAAUAAAAAUGUUUUAUUUCCUGUU